GAUGCUGUCGAGUGCUUUCAGAGCCCACAAAAUCCAAUCCGUUUUGAAAGCGUCGUCCUCAUAGGCAAAUCCAGUCGAGGAAGUUCGCGGUGCUACCUUGACCCCAUUCACACCAACUACUACCUGAGCGUGAAAAUCAAUAAAUUGGAACUAGAUGGCGUCUGCCCUGUCUUCGGCAUCUCUGAGUACUCCACCCUCCUCACCAACAACAUCCCCGAGUCAGAAAAUUUCCCGUCUAUUAAUGUGCAGCAGCCUAGUGACGUUAAUUUUUUGGUCAAGGCCAACUGCAACAACAGCGCCGACUACGUCAACAAGGUGGUGCAAACAUCGAUGCCCGGUCGCAAAUUAAUGAUCGAAUUCGAUCCUGCGGAUUUUGACAAGGCCAGCUCCUUUGAGAUCACGGUAACACCGUUCUUUCUAGGAACCUCUUACAGCUGUCCGGCAGAUCAUUUUCGGUGUUUUAACUCGCGCGAUCGGUGCAUCCCGGACAGCAUCACAUGUGAUGGCGUGGACAACUGCUUCGACAACUCUGAUGAGACCAAUUACCUCUGCACUGGUAGAAUCGGCAACCUACCACUUCCACUUUUUAUCAUCUUCCUGAUUGUCGGAAUCAUCUUUUUACUGGCGCUUAUAACCGGUGUUGUGAUAUACUUCCGCAGAAGACACCUCCGAAAACAACGCGAGAAGCCAGACAUUGAUGCCUCCACCACCAAAACAGUGAGUCUACGCACUCUUCCGGCAGUAUUGCGACUGAACACCGAAAUUUCGUGGAAGCUGUAG